AUGGAUAUACCAAUGUCUAUUGUCAUUGAAAAGACUCCGUUCGGAUUGGGGUUUACAUUAAAAGACGAAGGUAAACCAUACGAGUCCACUGCUCUAGUGACUAAAGUUGCUCGAGGCAGUUCGGCGGAGGCAUCUGGCUUAAGAAUAGGUGAUCGGAUUGUUUCCAUUAAUCAGAAACCUGUGAAAUCUAUGACAUUCUUAGAAGUUUCCAAUUUCCUCCGAAGUGGCAGCGAUCGAAAUAUUCAACUUACAUUGCUACAUAAAUCUCUUGUUCCUAACCAACCAAUUACUGAUACAAUUUGUGAAUUAUCACCGCUUAAAAUAUUGACUUCAUCUAAUAUCGUUAAUGGUAUUCAAAAUAUGUCUUUGAAAGAUUCAAAUUCUGCAUUUUUAUACACUACUAAUGCUAGUAAUACUACUACUAUUACUACUGAUGUUCAUAAAGAUGAAAUGAGAUUUCACCUGACUGUACUUCGUCAGUUGUUUCAAUCUCUCAUUUUAUCACAACUUCAAGAAUCUGAAUUUGACAAUUCAUCAACGAGUCAUUUACUCUCAGAUGAAUUCUUAUCAUCCAAUGAAGCUCGUAAAGAAAACUCUUGCCCACCUGAUUCAAUUCAGUUGAUGGAUAAUUCUCCGACAGGAACUGAUAAAACACUGACUAAGAUCAAACCCAUCGAUCAUAAUUUAAACACAUUUGAAUCAUCUAAAAAGUCUGGAUUUGAUUCUGUUCGAAUUAUUCGAAAACAUACAAUAGAUCCGUCAAGUAUUGAAGAUGUAAACACAGAUACACUGCCAGUUCGAUUUAUUCGUAAACGUGCCUAUGCUUCUACUCGUCAUCCUGGUCGAUAUGAUCAAGUGAAAACAUUAACAUCAAUGAAUAUCACUUCUACUGAUAACACAAUUAUCACAAGUAAUACUACAGAGAGUCAGCCAGUUUCUGUUACAUGUAAAAAUGUCCAUACUUCACCAUGUCAACUUUUACCGGCUGUUAAUGUUUCACAUAAAAAUUCCAUCAAUAAUUACCAACAUAAUACUGAACCUAAAAUAAUUCACCUACCUCGACGUCGGAGCUCUACCAAUAGCGGUAGUGUUGUACAAGGAUUACAUUCAAAACACCAAAUGAAUGUAUCAUGUUUUACUCGUGAUGAUAAUAAUGAUGACGAGCAUGAUUAUUUGCUUGAUAAGCAACCAUUUGAAACUGGUACUCUUAAUAUUGGGCUGUUAGGAAAAGAUGUUUCAAACAUACAUGAAACAAAUAUCUCAUAUUCAUCACCUAAAGAAUAUUCACCUAUGCCGUAUCAUGCAACAUAUACCAAUAAGUCAAAUUAUACUUCUGUUGGUACAUCACACAGAUCCAGUAAAACAAGUUUAUUAAGUUCACGUUUAUGGGCAUCAUUUGAUCAAGAUCAAAAUGAAUCUGUUUCAGAUUUGUGGACACGUGCCGGUGAAAUGUAUCACAUGCUUGAACAAGAAAGUCAACGUUUAGCCAAUAAGAAAACAAUAACAACAAUUAAUACUACUUCUACGUCUACCACUACUACUACUAGUAGUAAUAGUAGUAGCCGUAAAAGUAAAACUCAUCGACAUCCUGGCAUAUGGGAUAAUUAUCAACAAAUGAAUUGUUUUUCUGAUGAUAAUGAUAAGAAUACAGUUAAAAAUCUAGAAUUUUCUUCACAACUACCUUACUAUUCUAGUCCCAUACCUAAUUGUCAUAAAGAUAUGUCUACAAAAGCUGCUCAUUACAACUCUCAUUGUUCGGAAUCGGGUCGUGAUCAUACUACCGUGAACUCGACUAAAAAACGCCUACAGUUUCGUGCUUUAUGCUCAGGUCUACGAUCACAUCGUUCAGAAUCGAAUAUACUAUGUGAUAUGUCUGGAUCAUUUUUGUCACGUCAAUGUUUUUGCAAAAUUCUUGCUAUCGGUGGAUCUGAUAAUAAAUCUUAUUCAUGGAAACCGUAUUACAUGCGAGUAUCUGGUGCUGAAGUGAGAUUUAUCAAAGCAUCUUGGGCAUUUCAUGGGUCUGGACGAACAACCAAAACUUCUAAAAGUAAAAAUGAUAUUAUCUAUCCAAGAAAUAAUAGUUUGGGUAAUCUUCGUGAUAAUUAUACUUCUCGGGGAACACUGGAUACCUCUAAAUCUCAUGAUGAUUUAAAUGAUGAUUCUAUUACAUAUUAUUAUCCUACAUACAAUACCGAUAUGGAUUGUUCAAACAAUACUAUUAAUGUUAAUAAAUCAUUUAGCUGUAAUGCAUCGUGUUUAAUUCUUCCGAUACCCGGUCUUAUUUGGUGUUCAGAACAAUUGCCUGCCAAUUUCCCUAAUUGGUUACCUCUUGGUUGUAAUUCAAAUCAUAGUAGUAACAGUACUCAAACAUUAACUUCACGAAUAACCAGUGGUAUUAAUAACAAUAAUACUAGUGGAAUAAAUCCUGAUUGGAUGGAUCCUCAUGUUUCUGGUCUAUCUCAACAAAUUUUAUCAGAUCUCAAUGAUUGUUAUAAGUCGCAUACAUUAGAUUUCCAAAGUAAUACUAUUACUACUACUAAUAAUAAUGUCAAUAUGAAUGAUGAAGUUAGUAGUCGGUCAAAGUUUCGUUGUUUUCGUUUCGCUCAUUUAACAGCUGGUGUCGAAUUAUUAUUUGUAUUUCCAGAUGAGAAUGCAGCAAUGACUUGUUUAAAAAUGUGUCAGCUUUCUGGUGGACGUGACUAUGAUUGUGUUGUUGAACAGUUAGAUCAUCGUAAUGCAUCUACAUUGACAACAUAUCGUAAAAAUCCUCAUCUAAUCCAUAUGAAUUAUUUCUCCUCAAAUUAUCAUCGUUAUUAUCUGAAAUCCCAACAAAAUUAA